GUUGUGGCAUGGAACCCUAACUGAUUAUCAUCAUCCGAUUGUUCUUCGUUACCUCACAAUCGAGGAGCGCAACUGAUACAAAACCCUAAUUCCAUUAUAUCUACACCAGCAGCAAAGCAAUCUCCAUCAAUGGAUUUAUCCAAACUCCCCGAUGCCCAACGCCAACAACUCGAACAACUACAAAAACAGUUUCAGGAACAUCAAGCUCAACAAAAGAAACAAGAAGAAUCUGCUUCUGCUGCCGCAGCCGCAGCCGCCGCCGUGCAACAACAACCACCCGCCUAUGAUCCAUCUCAGGUUCAUCAAUCGUAUGAUACGUCCCAGGUUUACGAUCAAUCGUACUAUUACAAUUACAAUUACCAAGACCAAUCACAACAACAGCAGCCACAGCCGCAGCAAUACGAUGCUUCUUAUUACCAAAACUAUUAUUCGAAUGCGUAUCAUCAACAACAACAACAACAACAACAACAUCAGUAUACGCACCCGGAGACGUCGGCGGCUACGGCGUAUACGGUGCCGAGUGAGCAACAACGUAAUGAAGGAUCUGUAUCAUCAGGGUUAGGGCAUGUGCAGGUGCAGGAUCCGUAUGUUGAUCCGAGUAAACAGGUAAAUUUGGGUGGGACGCAACCAAAUCCUGGCUACCCUGUUCCUCCAGGGCUUAAUGCUGCUGCGGCCGCGGCUGUGGCAGCCUUGUCUCAACUGACGCAGUUUGCUGGCACUAUGGGUGCUGCUGAGAGGGCAAUAGGUGGUGGAGGGUAUGGUCCCCCAAUGGCCGGUGGGGGACAUUACGGUCAGGGUCCUUUUCGUCCUCCGGUUGGUCACUCUCCUUACAGGGGUGGCAAUAGACGUGGUGGAGGUUCAUUCAGAGGUGGUGGCCGUGGUUUCCGGCCACCAAGUUCUGGUGGCUCAGGUCCACCUUAUGGAAGAGGGCGUGGCCGUGGAAGGGGUAGGGGAGGUAGGCAUGACCAGUCAUCUUCUCAUCCUGAAACUUCUGCUGUGGAGGAGGCAAAACCCUCAGAAGGAGCUGAAUCUUCAGCACAGCCUAAUGUGCAACAACCUAUCCGGAUUGCAUGGUGUGAGUUGUGUAGAGUUGACUGCACCAGCAAGGAAAUCCUUGAGCAGCACAAGAGCGGGAAACGCCACAAAAAGAACCUCCAUAAUAUGAAGGGCGCGUUCCAGCCCGCUGCCGAAACACAAAAAGACGAAAACCCUAUAACUGAUAUCGGUUCUGAACAUGAAGCAGACAAGCAGACCAAAGUAGGUACUGAUGAUAACAAAGUAGAAACUGAGGAAAACGACGGCCCAGAAAAGAAACCGUGGAUGAAACGCAAAAUGAGAGGUGGUGGUCGUGGCGGUGGCCGCGGUGCUAAGAGGCAGAGGCAGGGUGCAAAUGGCCCACCAAAGCCCAAAAUAGUGAUCCCAUUGAUGUGCGACUUGUGCAAUGUGAAGUGCGAUACACAGGAAGUCUUUGACCGCCAUGUUGCUGGCAAGAAACACGUUGCAAAGCUGAAAAGGUUCGAGGGCCACCAAGCCAUGUAUGGUCCAACAGCGGUUCAGGCUCUUUACCCUCCUAACCCUCUUUCACAAACCUUAGGCCCUCAACCAACCUAUUAUGGUGCACCAACCUCAUAUUCAGCUCCUCCUGAUGCACAUAUCCCACCAUCCCAUCAAACCCAGAACCCUAACCCACAACUCGCAGAUGCUCCACUUGAAUUUGGCACCCAAAAUGCUGCAAAUGAACCACAAGCUGCACCAGUAUCAACAGGAGAAACACAAGCUGGCAAUGGAGUUUAAUAAUAAUUGGCUACUAUGGAGUUUCAGGUAAACUUGAGUUCUAAAUUUACAUAUGUGUUCAAAAAAGACAUUGUUCUUUUGGGGGAUGUUUGUUUCUGGACAUGUAGGAAAAGAUGGGAUCUUUCAUACUUUUCAGUGAGCAACAGUGCUUGCUAUAAUCAAUUGUAUUUCAUGUAGUGGAAGGUUAUACCAUGCUCUGAAUUCAUCAGUUCUACAAAUGGAUAUGUUUUGUGU